AUGGUUCAACCUCAAGUUCAAGAUCAUAGGCAAGAUCAAUUCCGAGAAGUGGAUAACCCUCAGAAGACGUUGGCCCUACUUGUCGCGGUGAUCUUCACUUGUGUAGCUUACCUGAUCCCUCUUUUCGCGGUCACUGGUGCUGUCUCGGUGGACCAGAGCAGAUGGGAAACAGGGUUUCACGCAGAAGCAGCUGAGAUGAUUGCAGGAACAUGGCUUAAGAUAUUGAUUGAGAUUGGCGCUGUUUUAUCAAGUAUAGGACUCUUUGAAGCUCGGUUAAGCAGUGGUGCUUAUCAGCUAGAGGGUAUGGCGGAGCUAGGGUUCUUACCUAAGUUCUUUGGUGUAAGAUCUACAUGGUUCAACACUCCUUCGGUUGGGAUUCUUCUCUCAGCUCUCAUGUCUCUCGGAUUGCCUUACAUGAACUUCACUGACAUCAUCUCCUCGGCUAACUUCUUGUACACGUUAGGGAUGUACCUUGAGUUUGCGUCUUUCCUUUGGUUAAGAAAGAAACUACCUGAGCCAAAGAGACCUUACCGUGUCACGCUGGACAUACCAGGGCUGGUGAUUAUGUGCUUGGUUCCUUCAGCGUUUCUCAUGUUGAUCAUUGUGUUUGAUACUAAGAUUGUGUACCUACUUUGCGGUUUAAUGACCAUAGGAGCAGUAGGUUGGUACUUCUUGAUCAUUUACUUCAGGGACAAGAAGAUCUUUGAGUUUAACCAAGAUGUUGAUUAUCUUGAUGAUGUUAAAUGA